AUGUCAACUAAAACUCCUGGUCCACAAAUUCAAGGACCACUAAACUUAGAUUCCAUUACCGACAUGCCUAAACAGUUCAUGAACAAUAUCUGUCUCAGCAGUAUAAUGCAACUAAAAGAGAUAUUAAAGCAGAGAUGGAAUGAGGAAAUGCACUCUCACAGAUUAGCAGCCCAAUCAAAGCUACUAACUAAAGACAAACUACUCUUCUUGGAUAUUGAUCGGAGGUGUGUCUUUUGUGGACUUUUUGAGGAAACUUGUGACCAUCUAUUCUUUAAGUGCUCCUUUACUUCAUCAUUAUGGGGAAGUAUUAGGAGAUGGCUUGGCAUCACAAGAUCUAUGUCUACACUUGCCAUUGCACUUAAGUGGAUGAAAAAGGAGAAUCGUGGAACUUCGUGGCUGACCAAGACGAAGAGAGUUGCUCUUGCUAGCACAGUUUACUACAUAUGGCUUACGAGGAAUAGGAAGAUUUUUGAAGACCUCCCGGCCGACUUGGAUUCUAUUGCUAGAAGGAUCAAGACCCACGUAUACAAAGUCAUGUUUACUUUGUAUCCGGAUAUCUUGAUUCUUUAUGAAUCCUUGGCCAUGGAGCUUUGA